UUGUGCAGUGUGGCAGAAACGAUGUUUUUGCACUUGGCUUUGUGGGCGCUCUCCUGCAGUUCCAUUGAACAAAGCCUCUGCAAAGUCCUCAGCUUAUGAAAUAUUUCCUCUCCAUUGGGUCCCGGACAGGAGAUGGCAUCUGCAGAGCCAGAAAAGGAAGCUCUUGCCUUAUAAAGAGCACUCGUGGGGUGACACAAUGGCUGAUAUAAAGUGUCAGAGGAGCUGAGCCGGAGGCAAAGGAACAAAGGGAGAUCCAGAUCCGGUGGCUGUGGAAAGCGAGAAGUGUCUCGGGGAUGGAUAAAUUUAAGGCUGCGCUUGUACUGGCUGGGGUAGGGGAUGCUCUUGGUUACAGAAAUUUCUCCCGACAGGACAAUGCUUUAGGUGCAAAAAUCCAGCAGGAGCUGAAGGAAAUCGGAGGGCUGGAGAACCUGGUGCUCUCCCCAGACAAAUGGCCAGUAAGUGACAACACGCUCAUGCACAUGGCUACAGCAGAGGCUGUCAUCACAGAUUACUGGUGUUUGGAGGACCUGUACCGCGAACUGGUGAAGCGCUACGUAGAUGCUGUGGAAAAGCUCUCAGGGAGGCGGCCAGACCCUGCAACCAUCGAGGGCUGCCGGGAGCUGAAGCCGGAUAACUACCUUCUGGCAUGGCACACUCCAUUCAAUGAAAAGGGUUCUGGUUUUGGAGCAUCUACCAAAGCGAUGUGCUUAGGGAUGCGUUACUGGAAGCCAGAGAGGCUGGAGUCACUUAUUGAAGUGAGCAUUGAGUGUGGACGAAUGACUCACAACCACCCUACAGGCUUUCUAGGCUCUCUAUGCACAGCUCUCUUUGUGGCAUAUGCAAUACAAGGGAAGCCCCUGGUGCAGUGGGGAAGAGAAAUGAUGAAGGUUGUGCCAAUGGCGGAGGAAUACUGCAAGAAGACCAUUCGUCACAUGGCAGAAUAUCAGGAGCACUGGUUUUACUUCGAGGCCAAGUGGCAGUUUUACUUGGAGGAGAGAGAAAUCAAUGAGGAGAACCAGAACAAAGCCGUCUUUCCAGACAACUACGAUGCGGAAGAGAGAGAAAAGACAUACCGCAGAUGGAGUUCUGAAGGUCGGGGCGGGAGAAGGGGCCAUGAUGCCCCAAUGAUUGCCUACGAUGCCCUGCUGGGGUGCGGCGGGGACUGGACAGAGCUCUGCAACCGCUCCAUGUUCCACGGAGGAGAAAGUGCAGCGACGGGAUCUAUCGCUGGCUGCCUCUAUGGGCUGGUGUACGGCCUGAGCAAGGUUCCUAAGGGCAUGUACCAGGAUCUUGAGCAAAGAGAGAGGCUAGAGUACUUGGGCGAGAACCUUUACCGACUGUCCAUGGAGGAAAACACCAAAAGCACUAACUCUUGUGGAGAUAAGAUGCUGAUAGACCCUUUGGUGCUGAAGAAGAAGCUCAAUAGGAUGGCAACAGAGCAAGGGGCCUUUGCUGUCCUCAGCAGCCUGCUGCUGUACGUCACUGAGCUUGCCGCCUGCGACCCGCAGCUCAGAAGCAAGAGGACAAAAUGGGAGGAAGGUAAAGAAAACCAGGUGAGUUGCAAACAGUGGUCUCCAGACUCAAACAGGGGCCGUUUCCCUACCCGAUUCCAGCUCCUGCGGUCCAGAUUUCUGAACAACAAUCGCGAGCCUUAUGUCAAAAAAAGAAGAGAAGUUGGUAAAUUGGUCAUUAAAGAGAGGCUAUGGGUGAACAGGGCUGGCAACAAGUCAGAGAGAAGAGGAGAUGGAAAGGCAGCAGAAGAGGGUGAAGACACGGUGCCCAGUGAGAGGGUCAGGUGGGGCGGCUUGAAUGGGAAAAACACAGUGAAGGACAUUUUGAAGAAAUUUUUGGCUGCUGAAGAAAAAGAAGACAAGGAAAAGAUUCCCAUCUGGAAAAAGAAAGAGCCAAACAACAGCUUGCCAAAAAUAGUAAACAGGAGCUCGGUCCUGUCCAAGCUAAAGGAGAAGUUUGAGCAAAGCUCCCUCUGUUCAGCCACAGAGGUGAAAGCAUCGCUCUUGCGCAAAGGUGGGAAAAAGAUGAAAAGCACCCCAAGCAGAAAAGCCAUCCGUAAGCCAGAGGUCAGAGUACUGCGCAUGGCAGCACUGGCAGCCACAGACAUAAACAGUCCACAGUCCCAGUACUUAGUGUGCUCCAUGGUGCCAGUGCCCAGACUCAGCAUGGCUACAGAAAUUAACCAUCCAUGGAGUUGGUCAAAAAAUAAUGCCACGAUGCAGCCUUGCGAUCACAACACAGGGCUGAAGGAAAAGGGGAAUUCUGAGAGAAAGCCCGGUGAGAACAAAGCACCAGUACAUGCAGCACAGGACAUGGAGGACAAAGAAGAACCAGUGGCACCCAAAGAGAUCCCUGAUGCAAAGGAGAGUGCUGAGACCAAUACAGAUUCCUCGAAGCAAAGACCUCACUUCAAUCCUAGUCUAGAUAGAUCUUUUUCAAUCUGUAAAAGUAAAGCUCUUGCAGACUGUGAUGUUCUCUCAUCUGAACAUAAUCUAGACUGCGAUAGCAAUAAAUUGUCAGCUGGGCCUGAUACACCUUCACUAGUGAGGACUACCAAGGCUGUGCAACAUGCCCAGGAUGACAGCCCACCUUCUAACGUACCUCACUCUAGCACAGUGGAAGGAUCCAGUGAACCAAGUCCUCCGGAUACUAAAACAAGUGAGAUUCCCAAAAUAAUUAUGCAUGUAUACAGUUUGGAGGAAGAUGACCAAGAUUUCACAGAGCCAGAAAAAGGUCCUUUCUUUGCAGGCAAAAAAUGUUUCCCAGAGCAGAAAAAGCUGGAAAACACCCUGCCAUUUUACUCUCUAAGAGAUCAAGCACUUUGUGAAGUUGAGCCUCCAAUGCAGGAUCGACACCCAAGUUACAUAACACAAGCUGCCAACAAAAGGCCACCAGCCAUCCAAAAAGAGGUACCAGGUUUAGGAGGCAGGGAUUCCAAGGAAGACAAAGAAGAAGAGAAAUAUAAUGAAAACAAAAUGUACUCUACUUCUAGCAGAAGUUAUAGUGAUAUCUCAGCUAUGGAGGAACAGGAGAAUAAAACACCCAACUACCAAAUGCAAAAUGAACCCCAAACCAAGCAGCCACAGCCACCUCAAAUGCCCAACCCACAAAAUCAAUUCAGUAAUUACAAUGUUGAGAUAUCAAAUUCAGAUGCAAAUCAGACCAAACCCACACUCUCCUCAAGUGAUCUCCAGGAGCAGAAACCUGGUGCUGCAGAACAGCACGUUCCUUCUGACUGGGAUAAGAAAGAAGGCCCUUUGUCAGAUGAGUUUGUGAGGCACAAAUUGUACUUUGUAGAUGAGGACCUUGGGAAGGAUCAGUUACCUUCUUCAAAUGAGAUGAUGAGUCCUUCAAACAAUGGAGCCCUGGACAGGAGUACCUUCACUGACCUGGAGACAUGUUACAAACCAUCUAACAAUUUCAUUGAAUGUGAAGAGACCGCUGCAGAUGAGGUGCCAUGGCCUGACUCUGAAGUAUGGCUGUCACCUUCAUCAAAUCCUGUAACAACACUAAUGAGUGGGAUUGCAGGACAAAGAAUCCACUACACUCUUGGAAAUCCCCCGGCCCUUCCACCUACAGGUCCGGUAACACCGGGAGCUGGUGGUGUGGAUGAUGAGUAUGCCAGUCAUGGCUCUGAGAAGCAUCCACCACCCUUUUCAGAUGAGUCCACAAUUUGUGAAAACAAUGCUGCAGUGGAGAAGAAAACUGCCUGUGAUUUUAAUAACCAGCCAUUGUCCCCAAAUCACUCAACAGAAAAUGAGUAUGCUGCAGCUGAAGAGACAAUUGCUUGUCAGAGCCUUGAGAACUGUAUUUCAUUUUCAACUAAGAAGACAGGAAAACAUGCAAAUAAAACUGUAGUAGCAAGAAAUCCCCUGUUUCUCUUGGAGAAGAAUCAAACACAGAUUUCAGAUGAUACCCCAAAGCAAGGAAGUGAUAUGCUGGAAGAGAACCUGUUUCCUUCAUCUGAAUUGGUGUCAGGCCAAAAGAAGUGUGCAAAAGGUACUGAUAAUGUCUCCAAAUGUGAAAAGCAUAAGCCCUUGCCCUCAGACAAUGACACAAAGUGUGGCAAUGAUAGGAUGGAGACAGAGGAGAUAGAAGAGCUAGAUGUCUUGCAUAAAUUUGAGCAGGAACAAGUAUCAUCAACACCAAGUGAUUUGAUGGAUCACAAUAAUAACUCUUCAAGUGAGAAGAAUACUCAUAGUCCUCAAACAUCGCAGUUACCUCCCUCAGAGCGUGACACCAACAUUCAAGGAGUGAAAAGUUCUGGGCAGGGUUUGAAGUGCCUAAAACCUACAAGAGGUUUCAUUAAACGUGAACAUGAUAUGACAGUAGAUGGAAACAUCUGCUGCAAUAACGAGGAGCACCAGCUGUCCUUGUCAAGUGAACCAACGAGACACACAAAUGACACUGCAGGGAAAAGAAACAUAAAGUUGAACUUCAAAGAUUAUUCAGUGCUGCCAAGAAAUACAUCAAGGCAUGAUGAUAAGACCGGUGAUGGGGAGAACACCUUUCAAGAUAUGAAAGAUAAUAUAGUGCAGCACGAAAAGAGUUUUGAAGGAGAGAGAAAUACUUCAUACGAUCCCACAGAUCAAAUGCCAUCAUCGAGUCCUCUGGUGAAGCGAGACAAGAAAUUGUCCCCUCUAGACACACAGCAACAAACAGCAUCAGGUGACUCUGUAAAGCCUGAAACUAAGUUGGCUGAAAAAAAGACUAAACACAUCUCUGAGAAACCCCAGUCACCUCCUUCAAACACAGUGGAGAGACCACAGGAAAGAAGUUCUUCAGCAGAGAAGAAGCAAAAGGCACUGGAAACAGAGGAUGUCCAGUUACCUGAAACAAAGACUGUAACAGGGGAUGAUGAACACCGGAACCGGGGGCAACACCAGUUACCUCUUCCAAGUAAAUCAUCAAAGCCUGGGAAAAACAUUCCAGGAGAAGAAAAACAACAAACAAGUUCUGAGGAUUUCACAAUGCCUGAUAGCAAUGCAAAAGAGAAGAAGAAAUUUCUUCGUCCCAGGAAGUACCGAUCCGUAUCAUCAGAGACAGCGGUUUUGCCCCAGGAAAAGCUUUCUCCAGAUCAAAAGCAACAAACAUCAGCCACUGCGGGCUUUAAGAAGCCUGAAACUAACGUUGCCAAAGAAAAAGAUGAACAGCAAAAUUCUGAGAAGCUCCUGACGCCUCCUUCAAACAAAGGAUUGAAUUUCAAAGAAAAAAACACUUCAGGAGAGAAGAAGCAGAAGACCUCAAUGGCAGGGGAUGUCAUGACACCCAAAACAAGGGCUGUAAAAGAGGACGAUGAACAUCAGCAUCAUGAACAACAGCGGUUACCUCCCUUGAGUAAACCAACAAAGCCUGGGAAAAAGACACCAGGGCAACAGAAACAAGAAACUGGAACUGAAGGUUUUAGAAAGCCUGACACAAGUUCUGUAAAAGAUAGAAGCAAAGAUCCGGGUUCUGGGAUGUGUCAGUCCUCAUCCCCAGAGCUGUUGUCGAAGCUCCAAGAGAAGAAUAUCACAGCCAAAAAGAAACCAUCAGCACCACCAUCUGAUGAAAAAGUUAUGGAUAGAACUGGUAGUACAGAGAAGAGGAGCGGGCCCCGGGGAGCAGAGGAAUACCAGAGACAGCCUUCGGAUAAGAUAGGGAAGCACAGCAUUGAUAGCUCAGGAAAAGAAGGAUCUGAGAGCUAUCAGACUGCAUUGCCAAGUGGUGGUGUAGAAUCUAAAAGCAACUCUAUCCCCAAGGAGACCAGUUUGUUUAAAACAGAGAAGUCCUCCAAAUCAUCCCUAUCACGUGAUGCAUCAAAAUAUGGUGACAGUCCCACUGAAAACAGAAAAAAGCAGCCUGGAUUCAAGAAGUACAGAGCUCUGUCAUCAAAGGGUUUGGGGAAGGAUGAGAGAGGCGCUGCUGGAAGGGAGGCUGGCUGGCAGGCAGCUGGCACAGCAAGUGGCAGAAAAGAGGAGCUGGGGGACUGCUCCAAAACAGCACCAUUCUCCAAAUACACGGUGGAGAGCUACAGUGAAGGACCCUUAGAUUCGUCCUUUAAGCCACUGAUCAUUAGAGUAACUGACACGUUUAAACAUCACAGCUAAAACAUACCACUGCAGCUUAAGUGAGACCUUACAACUAAUUGUGCCACUGAUUCGCUCAGUCUUUCUUUUCUCCUUUACUCUCCGGGGCAUUACGUUAUCAUUUUUUAAUCACAAGGACAUUGAUGUGCAUCUGUCUGAGCUGGGCUUUUUUCUUUCCUAACAUUAGCCUGAAGACAUGAAUUAAAUUAAUCACUGCAAACGAAUUAGCUAAUCACUGAAUUAAUCAACAGUUUAUAAAUUAAAUAUGAGGAGUGCUUUGAGAUCGCUGUGAAUUCAGUCCUGCUCCAGACUCCUUGUACUAACUAGUGGGUUUUGUUUGUAACAAAGGCAACUCUUCAGGGUGAGCUCUGUCUGUAUUUACUUAUUCUAAUGAAACCCCGCUCAUACUUUUUCCAGGAAUGGUGGUAGGCAGUGUCAGCUUUAAUUAAGUCAAAAAGCACUUGUUCCUGGCUCUGCCUUUGUACGGAUUAAUGGGGACUGUUGGUUUAUGGCUGCAUUGAGUGGCAAUGCUAGCCACUCAGUGCCUAGCAGGCAGGGAAGGAAGGGAAAAAUGUCUGUGAAAGAUCCUCAAAGGACGUUGAUGUUACAACGGGAUUUACUGUGAAUGCAAAUGUUCAACCUCACAAACAUUGGGAAAAUAACGAUUUAGCCUUUUCUGAAGUUAUUUAUACUUUGGCCUUGUACUGCAUGCAUUGUUGUUGGUAGGGAUAAACCAUUUUGAGAUAUUCUUAAUAACUGCAGACAAACGUGCAACUAGUGUAAGUGAGUGGAAAGCUCAAUGCUUAAAGGUUCUGAGGGCUCCUCUAGACAGGCAUGUCAGCAGAAGGGGCUGAAGAAGAAGCUCCCCAAUAGGGGAGCUCAGCUUCAGCUGGGGUUGUGUCCCAACCCAGGUCCUCGGGUGUGUGGGCACUGCCAGCAUUACAGCAGGCACCAAAAGUCUUAGCAAGUGCUGAUUUUACAGGUUGAUGUGACACGGAGCAACAGGAAGCAGCCAGUAUCACUGAACAUUGCUGAUGGGCUGUGGCUUUCUGUAUUUAAUGUAUAUCAGUGGAUCCUGUAAAGCAUAUGUGGGACAGACUGUAUUAUGGAGUAAUGGGGAUGGAAUAGUUCACCCGCCCCUCUGCAUCUGGUGAACAGUAUUAUAGCAAAGCAGUGGCACAGGCUGCCCAUGGAGCAGGUGGAGUAACCAUCCCUGGAGCUGGUCAAGAACCAUGUGGAUGUG